UUAAUGCGUGUUCUCAUUUGGGUUUGCUUGUGUAGGUUAAGAAGGGUUUCCGUGAGCUACUAAACUUUGAAGGGUGCUGCAGGAUUCCUAUCAAGAGGAACCAGUACUCCAAACUUCAAUGGGAAAUUGCGUGGCUAGGGUGAGUCUUUCAAACAUAUUCCAUGUUCUCCAACCUUCCAUGGGAAUUUGCAGGAAUAGGGACCAAGACGAUUCAGAUCAUGCUGUAAACUUUGCCAGUGGAAAUGUACAUCUUGUAACUACCAAAGAAGGUUGGGAUGAAAAGAUAUCAGAAGCAAAUAAGGAUGGCAAGUUUGUUGUGGUGAAUUUCAGUGCGUCAUGGUGUGGUCCUUGCAGAAUGAUUGCACCACUCUACAGUGAGCUUUCUGAGAAAUACCCUACACUCACGUUUCUAACUGUGGAUGUUGAUCAGCUAACUGAAUUCAGCUCUUCAUGGGAUAUCCGAGCCACUCCAACCUUUUUCAUCCUUAGAGAUGGGCAGCAGGUCGACAAACUUGUGGGUGCCAACAAGCCUGAGCUACAGAAGAAGAUAAUCAGCCUUGCAGAUUCAGUAGCCCAGGUUUCUAAAUGAUUGCUGAUUGCUUUUUCUGUGAGUAUUUAUAAACUAGACAGCUUGUCUUGUAAAUAUUUUUUUUUCUCUCUUCUCCCCCCAACCCUCAUGUCUAAAGUAUGUCAUGUCUUUUUCUGUAAAAUCAGUUGAAUCGUUAGAUGAACCCUGUAAUUUUUGAGAACUUGGAAUUGAGGCACUCUCUCU